CGCUACCUGUAGUCAUGGCCGAGUACGAGUACACGUACACAGACGCGUCGUCCGAGGCGCACGGAUCCCCUGCCGACGACUCGUGGUGGUCAGACGAGUCGAGCUGGAGCUCGGCGGCGCCGAACAGCAGGCGGCGGUCAGCUUCACGAACGCAGGCGGCGGCGGGAACCGCACCGGACCCUGCGCCCGCACAGAUCACGCUCUCGACCUUUGACAACGUGGCUGUGCCUCGCAACAGCGACAAUGGCGACGGCGGCAUUGGAAAUGGUGUGGUCUCGCCGCUCGUCACGGUCACCCGCCCGCUCGGUGACCAUGACGUCACGCUGACCAACGACGAGACAUCGGUCGGUGGCGGUGCCGACUCGCUCGAUCCGUUCUCUAUCUACGACACGCUCGAGCCGCCGCCCAAGUACGAAUCGUAUCUUUCGGGCUCGCGCCGCCGGAUCCCGGUCAAGAACUUUAAGAACAUGUCGACGAUGCAGAAGCGCGAGGCGUCGUCGCUGGCGGAGCAGCUCAAGGCUGCGCUGGCCAACGCCGGUGUCAACGACGACGUCGAGGUCGGCGCGGCGAGCCCGGCCGAGCGCCCAGGCACUCUCGGCUGGAUCCGUGGCGUUUUCAUUCCGUGUCUUAUCAACAUCUGGGGUGUCAUCCUCUUCCUUCGGCUCGGCUGGUGCACAGGACGGGCUGGGGCGUUGCAGAUGACGGUCAUCAUCCUCCUCGCCACUGUCGUCACCACCCUCACCACCAUCUCGCUCUCGGCAAUUGCCACCAAUGGCAACGUUAAGGCCGGCGGUGCGUACUUUCUCAUUUCGCGGAACCUCGGCCCGGCGUUUGGCGGCUCCAUCGGUGUCCUGUUCUCGUUUGCCUCGGCCGUCUCGGUCUCGCUGUACGUUGUUGGCUUUGCUGAGACGCUUGUCGAUAUCUGGGCGUGGAACCAUCCGUUCGGUGACCACGCGGUGCGGCUGGUGGGCGCACUGCUCCUCUCGACAGUCUUUGCGCUCUGCCUCCCGGGCAUCGGGUGGAUCUCGCGGCUGCAGAUUAUGCUGUUUUCGGUUCAGGUCCUCGCCAUGGCCUCGUUCACCGGCGGUGGCCUCAUCUCCGAUGCGUGGGGACCAAGCCGGCCAACGGAUUUGUGGGCUUCAAAGCCAACAACAUCGUGGUCGGCCCGCAGUAUGGACCCGAGUCGUUCUUCUCCGUCUUUGCGGUCUUCUUCCCGGCCGCGACUGGCAUCAUGGCCGGCGCCAAUGUGUCGGGCGAUCUCAAAAACCCCUCGUCAGCUAUUCCGCUGGGGACGCUCGCGGCCAUUGGCGUCUCGGCACUUGGCUACAUUGGCCUGACUUGGCUUUACGCAGCGGUCAACACCCGCGACGGGCUUGUGAACAAUCUGUUUAUUGUCAAGGACAUGUCGAUCUGGGAGCCGCUGCUGUUUGCGGGCAUCUUUGCGUCGACCAUCUCGUCGUCGUUUGCAUCGUUUGUGGGUGCGCCGCGAGUGUUCAUGGCUGUGGCCAAGGACAAGCUUGUGCCGAUCCUGAACUACUUUGGGGUCGGACGCGCGUCGGACGGCGAGCCGCUCCGGGCGUACUGCGCAGUCUAUGUCAUCGCGCUCGGGUGCGUGGCCAUCGGCGAUCUGAACGCUAUCGCUUCACUCAUCACGCAGCUCUUCCUCAUCUCGUACGGCUUUGUCAACUGGGCUUGCUUUGCCUCUUCGUACACCAAGUCGCCGGGUUGGCGGCCGGGCUUUGUCUACUACCACUGGUCGCUGGCGGUUGUAGGCGCGGUCCUCUGUCUCACGGUCAUGAUCCUCAUCGACUACAUCACUGCUGCGAUUGCCAUCGCCAUUUGCGUCGCGCUCUUCUUGUUCAUCUCCUUCAAGGAUCCGGACGUCAACUGGGGCUCGGUCGACCAGGCGCGGCUCCGGGUGAACGCGCUCAAGUCGACGCUGCGGCUGCAGUCGACGCCACAGCAUGUCAAGACCUGGUCGCCGCAGAUCCUGCUCCUGACCGGAUCGUGGUCGGAGCGUAUUGCGCUCAUUCGCAUGGGUGAGCUCCUCACCGCCAAGUCGCUCCUCCUCCUCGGGAGCGUCGUGGUGGCCGCCGAGCCGCUCGUCUCGCCACUCGUCCUCCAGGGGCAGCGCGCCGCGUCGGCGGCCGAGUGGAUCGUGACCCACAAGGUGCCGGCGUUUGCGUCUGUCACGGUGGCGCCAACGCUCCGCGACGGCGUCCAGCAGCUUCUGAUGUGCUCGGGCAUGGGACUUGCGCUGCGGCCGAACAUUCUCAUGAUGGGCUUCCGCCACCACUGGCGGCUCGACGCCGAGCGCUCGCACGAGUACGUCAACGUCAUCCGCGAUGCCAUCGACGCGCAGGUCGGUGUCGUCCUCUGCCGCAAUGCCGCAUUUUACGACUACACCUCGCCGUCGCCGUCGUCGGCUACCAUCGACGUGUACUGGCUGGAAGACGACGGCGGGCUCACGGCCAUUCUCCCGUUGCUGCUCCAGCGCUCGUCGCUCUUUUCCAAGACCUCGAUCCGCAUUUUUAGCAGGGUGUGUGGGCCAAACGAGGAGGAAGCACGCGAGCAGCUCGCGCUGCUCAUGCGAAAGCUGCGGAUCAACACAUCCGAAAUCAACAUGCUCACAACGCUCAAGGCGCGGCCGAACCCAGUGUCGGUCGACUGGUUCGACGAGCUCGAGCUGCUCACCUCGGCGCGGACGUCCGACUUUCUCGACAACCGCGAGUUUGGCGUCGGUGAGGAGCCGAUCACUCUGCCAGAGCUCAUGGUUCACAACUCGUCGUGGACCAACUACUACCUCCGACUUGGCGAAAUCAUUGCCGAGAACUCGUCCAACGCCGCCGCCAUCUUUGUCCCGCUGCGCAUUCCCGACAACAACGACGAUGCCCAGCUGUAUAUGGCGUGGCUCGAGGCGCUCUCGCGCAACAUCCACAGGCCGAUCUUUUUUGUCCGUGCCAACGACGACAACGUCCUCACUGCCGAGGCUUGAGCACCGGUCCGCAACAAACAAUCUUCCAAACUGUA